GUCAAGCGGAGAUAACACACGAAAAAGUAUACGAAAAAUGUUCAUAUAGUAAACCAUAUAAGUUUAAUCAUCCGAAGUGGUGAUUUAAUGAUCAUCCAACGCAAGGAAUAUACAGAGUGAAUCUGAUCGAAAGAACUUCAGUACGAGUUAUCUAGCCCCAGAGCAAUGGACUUGUCAAAAAAUUAUCUGCUAUGAUGUAAACUUGUUAGAAUCCCUAUAUUGGUAGCGUAUUUAGCCAGAUUGGAGGGAACCAUGGACAGGUACAAAGCCCAGAGACUGAAGAAACACAGGUUUCGGCGGGAUAAGACCGAGGUCAGCUGCUGUAUGAAAUACCUGAUGUUCGGAUUUAACGUAUUGUUUUGGCUGGUUGGUGCAGGGCUUUGUGCAAUAGGACUAUGGGCUUGGACAGAGAAGGACAUGUUCAACAACAUAGGGAAGGUCACCAGUAUGACCCUUGACCCUGCCCUGGCAUUCAUCGUCACCGGUGGGGUGAUGUUUAUCAUCGGAUUCUGUGGCUGUAUUGGUGCCCUCAGGGAGAACACAGUGCUCCUUCUGAUCUUUUCUGUGUUAGUUGGACUGAUUUUUGCAGCAGAACUUCUGUUUGGCAUCCUCGCAUUUGCAUACAAAGAUUGGAUAAAAAAUCAAAUAGAGUCUCAGGUGCAGAAUAUGAUCAUCAACUACAGAGAAGACUCCGAUUUAGAGAACCUUAUAGACUGGGUCCAGCAGGACUGGCUAAAAUGUUGUGGAGUAAAGAGCUAUGCGGACUGGGAAUUGAAUCGUUACUUUAACUGUUCCUCUAAAGGCAGUAUAGAUGCGUGCGGGGUCCCAUUCUCGUGCUGUAAACCCACCGGAGAUGUGAUAAAGAAUCGUCACUGUGGAUUCGGAAUGAUCAUUAAUACUGACAGGGAAACAAAGAUUUACACCGAGGGUUGUAUCCCCUCAGGGGAGAAGUGGCUGGAAACCAACCUCAUCCCUGUGGCAUCUGUGGCAGUGGGCAUUGCUGUUCUGCAGAUACUAGGCAUCUGUUUUGCAUCGAUUUUGAGGUGUGAUGUGAAAGCCCAGAAAGCAAAAUGGGGUUACGAUGAAUGAUAGUCAGCAGCUAUUCACAAAACAUGAUUCAUUGAACAUUUAGCACUGCAGGACUCUUUGUACUAGGUUACUAGGAAGCCUAGUCAGAUGCAUUAUGGGAUUGCAGUAGGUUAGGUUUGUGACCUUUGUGACUCAUUCCUUUUUUAUAUAUAAAAGUUUGAUAAUUUAUUACAAAACCAGAUUUUACCCAAUACUUUAGUAGAAUUACUAGUCAUUUACUAGUUGAUUAUUUACUAUAUUUAGUACAUGUAUAUUGUUUACUAUACCAGCUAAUUUGUGAAUUACUUGUUAAUUAUUUUUUUUAUAUCUGUAUCUCACGAUCCUAGUCUUCAUUGUGCAUUUACCCCAAAACUUUAUACAUACAUGUUUUAAGUACUUAAUUUUGUAUAGAAACAGUGCAAAUUUUUAACAGAAACAGAACUGUGUGUAAAUGAAAACAAGCAAGGGUUACCUACCUUGAUUUCUGGUUCCUGUCCAUUAAUCAUCAGUCAGCAAUUUACAGUUGUUUUCUUUGUGUGCUUUUUCUUUCUGUUUUGAGUUUAUAUAUCCAAUUAAGUACAUGGUUGUUUAUUCCACUAUACAUACAUGGAUUGCUUCCCUUGGAUAGAUAUGGUUUUAUAUUUAUAAUUUUUAUUUUGUUAUUUGACUUUUAUACCUUGACAUUUUUUUUUUUUUUUUUUUGGAGUUAAGUUUAUAACCAUUUUGUUUUUGGUUGUAAAAAUCAAAAUAUCAAAAACUAAUUUGUGUUGUGCUUUGUACAUAUAGGAAAAAUUAUUGUAACGAUAUUUACAUCCUUGUUUGCAUGUGCUUUUUUUUUUGUCAUGCAGUAUGUGUAAUAAUAAUGCACAUAUGGUUAUUUACACAAUGCAGAAUUAGGGAUUUAAGAGCUCAGACUGUAGGACUGGCAGUCACUCUGUGGAGGCCCAGCGAGCAGAGAUUCCGCUCCGGAGAUAUUCCGUCCUCCCGGUUCUACAGUGUUGAGGCAAAGUGUGGUUUUUAGCAAUUCUUUACAUUGCAUUUUGUAUACACUCAUAGAGACAUACAGUCUAGUCCACUUAUAUUAAACUUUCUGUUAUACUGAAUAUUGAAGUAAAACAUAAAUCCUCAGUAACAUUAUUUAUAUGGUUUAAGAUCGGUAUGUUGAACUAUGGAUAUAAUGAACAAAUCAGGUUGGUCACCUGAAUUUCAAUAUAUCUGGAGUAGACUGUAUAUACAUACAUAUAUAUAGUUAUAUAUACACACACACACACACACAAAGCACUAAAAUUACCAAUGACAAGAACAAAUAGAAGGUCAAAUUUUCGGGACGAUCUGUCUGUUCCUCAGGACAAAUGAAAAGGUUUACAUAAGUUGGCUAAAGAUAUACAAAGGAAAAAACACUAGCACUAAAACUACACUAAAUCUACAAACGUACUUACAAAAACAACACUAGCACUAAAACUACACUAAAUCUACAAACGUACUUACAAAAACAACACUAGCACUAAAACUACAUUAAAUCUACAAACGUACUUACGCUGCAGAUUACACAGUUGUGGAUCAGCCCAUUGGACAAAUAGGAUGUGUCCUUACACGCUCCUCAGAAAACAUUGAUUAGCAAGUCAAAAACAACAAACGUGUAAUUUGAAUAUCUAAUUGUUCCUGUCAUAGGUCAUUUUAGUGCUUUGUAUAAUUCUUGUAUUUGACCUUGUAUCCACGUUGUGGAUCCGACACUUGUUGGUAUCGGGUGUUGUUGGAAUCAGUGCUUAUAUACAUAUAUGUACAUUGUAUAUAUGUUAACCCUUGAUUUGGUAAGUGAAAUCGUGUUGGAAUUUGAAGGUUCACUUUUGUAGGUACAGUCUAUGUACCAUGUAUUGAAAUUGAGUGUUUCAAAUCUUCAGGAAAUGGUAUAUUUUACUUGUGUAAGUAAUGAUACAAUGUACAUGCAUAUUGUAAAAUAAAAGUGAUUAAGUUUCUAAAUUUUUUGGAAGCAGAAAGCCUAAAGUGGUAUGCACAUCAUUUUUGAACAAAGGUCAGAAAGUAGUAAUGCUGUCACUGAUAGUGUUUCUGUGUUCCCACUUUGUACAUAUAUAUGUUUGUAUGUAUAAUGCAUGGGUGAAAAAAUUCUCCAGAGCUCUGUAAAAUUCUUAAUAAAUAUUCGGAUAUAUUUUGUA